CAUCCACAGCCCGUCGUCGUGCGCUGGUGCAAGAGCAAGUGAGCCCAGGCGCCACGGUAAAAUGUGCAAUUGAAAACGUGAAAUUUGAAUCUUUGGUGAACUUUGGUGAUAGCAGCGCAAUUUGUAAACUUCCAGCAGGUCAGCCAACCGCUACUGAUCGGGAUUCGUGUUCGUAAGUAGCAUUAUGUUCCCUUUCUCCUCCCUGCAAGUCGAGUAUAGCAAUUUUCAUCGGUCAUCGCAAAUCAUGUCGAACGCCCUGAGCAUGAGCAACUCCGGCUUUCCACACUCGUGGAUCGUCUCCGGGCAGGACUUCUGCCCGAUCACGUACUCCUCGAUCCAGGGCCACAACUCGGGCGUCUCGAGCAACCUCGCAACGGUCGAGCCGGGCCUGAUCGAGCUGCGCAAGGAAAAGUCGCGCGAUGCGGCCCGCUCCCGCCGCGGCAAGGAGAACUACGAGUUCUACGAGCUGGCAAAGAUGCUGCCCCUGCCGGCCGCCAUCACCAGCCAGCUGGACAAGGCGUCCAUCAUACGGCUCACGAUCAGCUACCUGAAGCUGAAGGAGUUCAGCGAGAACGGCGUGCCGUCCUGGUGCAAGGACCCGAUCGGCUUCCAGAACUACAACGCGCCGCAGUACUUCAACGAGAUGUUCGAGACGCACCUCGGCACGCACAUCCUGCAGUCGCUGGACGGGUUCGCCAUCUCGACCGGCGUGGACGGGCGCUUCCUCUACAUCUCCGAGACGGUCUCGAUCUACCUCGGCCUGUCGCAGGUGGAGAUGACGGGCAGCAGCAUCUUCGACUACGUGCACAAGAACGACCACGCCGAGGUCGAGCAGCAGCUCGGCAUCAAGAAGGGGGCGGAGUACGCGAGCUACGGCGGGUACGGGGACGAUGGGCCGACGGCCGAGAAGCCGACGGUGCUGAAGCUGGGCAAGGAUGCGCCGGGCGGCAAGGGCCUGCUGCCGGGCGAAUCGUACGAGGGCGACGAUCGGGCGUUCUGCAUCCGCAUGAAGUCGACGCUGACCAAGCGCGGCUGCCACUUCAAGUCGUCCGGCUACCGGGUGAUACUGCUGCUGUGCCACCUGCGCAAGAAGGGCGCGGGGCAGGAGGAGAGCCACACCGACAAGCAGACGGUGAUCGGGAUGGUGGGCAUCGGGAUCGCGCUGCCGCCGCCCUCGCUGCACGAGAUCAAGCUCGAGUCGGACAUGUUCGUGUUUCGCACCAGCCUCGACCUAACCAUCAUACACUGCGAGAACAGGAUUUCCAGUUUUCUGGACUACACCGCCGACGAGCUGAACGGGAAGAGCAUCUACAGCCUCUGCCACGGUCAGGAUGCGCACAAGCUGAAAAAGAGCCACAGUGAGCUAAUUCAAAAGGGCCAGGUGCUGACCCCGUUCUACCGCAUCCUGAACAAGAACGCGGGCUACUUCUGGAUCCAGUCCUGCUGCACGAUGGUCUGCCAGACGAAGAACAUGAGCGACCAGACGGUGAUCUGCGUCAACUACAUCAUCACCAAGCCGGAGAAGGAGAACCUCAUCCUGGACAUCUCGCAGAUCCCGUCAGCGGCGGGCGUGCUCGGCGACUACCAUGCGAAGGUGCUGCCGCCCGCCACCGGCGCGGCCGGCUCGAAAAAGCCCCAGCCCGCCGACGGGUACGAGCUGGAGACGGGCGGCGUUACCCAUCCCCACCACGGCCACCAUCACGGCGACGGCGGCGGCGGGUACCAUCUGGACGGGGGUGCCUCGCACGUCGACCACAAGGUGGACCUGCUGGACAAGGCCGGCCUCGGCAAGGGGGGCGGCGUCGGCGGGCUGGCGAUGGCGUACGGUGCCGACAAGAAGGAGCACGACUACAAGGACAAGCUGCUGGAGCAGCGCGAGAAGGGCUGCAGCAAUAGCAAGCACCAGCGCCUCAAGAGCGGCAGCCCGAUGCUGAACACGAUGCCGAACGAGAACGGCGAGCGGCUCGACGCGAAGAAGUCGUCCGGCGGCAAGAAGAGCGUCAACAACCGGGCCAGCGUCAUCCGGGUGCUGAACAAACCGUCGAAGAAGGUGCUGCAGGAGUCCCACUAGAGGGCAACCAAUCAAUCUUCCAUCACACACCCACACAGCCAGCGAUCAACAAGGCAGUGUGCUUUACCAUUUGGAUUAGUGUUUUAUAGUGGGACGACCCUAUCCCCUCUUCCAUGCUCUGCUCACGCAACCUCAUCUGUUAGUGGAUUAGUGAUACGCCAUGCACUCACACACAGGGUUGGUGUCGAACGUAUUAGUGCUAGAGUUAAUUACCCAAUCGCUUUGUGUCUAGAGCCGGUGGCGUACGUUUUAUAAUAGUAGUAAGUAGUAGACUCGCGUUUUUUUCACGAGCAUUUUUCUCAGCAAAGGAAUAAGAAAGCAGAAGAAGAAGGACGUUAGGCAUUGCUCGCGUUUGAGUUAAAUAGUUGUUUUAUUUCGCUUCGUUUACAUAUUGCCAUAAGAAAGGGGUUUCGCAUCUCGAGCGCGGGCCCGGCUGGAGGAGGGCCUUGCCGGAGGGAUGCCGGGGCGGACUGGUCGUGCAGGCAUCCAAGCAGAAACUGCGCCCUGCCCUCCCCGAAACAGGAAUGUCGUUUGGCGCUGCUCUCACUUGCUGAUGAUUGGUUUAAAAACGGAAAUCGCAACGGAAAAAUAAGUGCACGCGCCUCAUCCUCCUAGGGCACUCACUCACACUCACUAAUAAAAUCAAUGCACGACCAACAUGGUCCCAACCCCCUCCCCCCCCCCCUCUACUUCCAGGCUCCCAUGCCGUUUCUGCGCGCUCACUGUGAACGUUUGCUACAAUGCUAAAUAUAAUAAACCUUAAUUGUAAAGCAAUAAUUAAAA